AUGAGCUGCCUGAGGGACCCGGAUGCCAUGGAGCCCCCUCUGGAGCCCCCUCAACCCCCACCACUGUGGAGGGGGGCCGGGGCAGCUGGCGGGGGGCAACUCGGCGUGCGCUGCAUCUGGCAAGAGGACCACUACGGCAAACGGGGCGGCGCCACCGGGGAAGGGGUGGGGCUCAAAUCUGUCGACCUGGGCUUUGAGGACGGGGACCUGAAGGGGAGGAAGGUGGGGGGGGGUGGCGGAGAGGGGGGUGACGAGGGUCUCAACGGGGGAGGGGGGGUGACGGCGGCAGACUGCUGGCUGCGGGUGGUGCGGGUGUUCCAGUCCAAGAAGUUCCAGUCUCAUAAGCUGGAGCUUCUCUACCAGCGCUACUUCUUCAGGCUCAACCAGAGCUCCCUCACCAUGCUGAUGGGGGUGCUGGUGAUCGUGUGCGGCGUGAUGCUGACCUUCCACUGUGUCCACGCGCCCCCGGACGUGGCCUACUCCUCGGCCCUCUCGGUGGCCAUGGCCCUGUUCAUGGCCCUCAUGGUUGUGUGUAACCGAACGGCUUCCACCAGGACUACAUGGAUGGUGAGCUACCUGGUUAUCGGGGUCCUGUUGCUGGUGCAGGUGUUCGGGGUGCUGAUGGUGGCGCCUCGUAGCGCAUCUGAGGGCAUCUGGUGGUCUGUGUUCUUCAUCUACAUCAUCUACACGCUGCUGCCUGUCAGGAUGAGAGCAGCCGUGCUGAGCGGAGGGGUGCUCUCCACCAUUCACCUGGUCACCACCUGGCAGUUCAACCAGGAAGACAUGUUCCUCUGGAAACAGGUAGGAACUCAGCCUGCUCCCAUCAUAGAGAUACAUACACUGAGU